GGUACAUACCUGAGCUUGAAAAUGGCGGCGUUAGUGAUGAAAAUACCACAACCACUGCAGGUUUAAACCGUGUCGUAUCUCAGCAGUUCAGUUUUACCAUUAAAUAUCAGGAAGAUGCCGUCAGAAAGGAACCGAUCAAAAGAGGAUACUUGGACUACUGAUGAAUUGAGCAAGGCAUUAAAGAAGGAUGAUGGAAAAAGACCGAGAGAUGAUAGGGAACAAAGGAGGAAAGACAGACACAGGGAUGAAAUGAAUGGCGAUGACCGUCACAGAAAAAAGAGGGAUGAUGAUGAAAGACGCCAUAAAGACGAUGACAGGCGAUCCCGAAACAAAGAUGAGGAAGAAAGAGAAAGACAAAGGAGAGAAAGAAGAGAAAAGCGGGAAGGAAAAAUCAAGACAGAAGAUGACAGAAAGAAACCAAGAGAUGAUGAAAGAAAGAAAGGCUUGGCCAUAGAUGAUGAUGAUAAUGAUGGAGAUAAGAGGAGGGACAAAGACAGAGAAGAGGAAAGAGAAAGACGACGACAAAAACGGGAAGAGGAGGAAAAACGCAAGCGUCACCGUACUGAUGAUGACAAAGAUAAACGAAACAGGGAUGAUGAAGACCGUGACAAACGACGACAACGUAAGGAUGAUGAGGAUGGAAGGCGUCAUCACAGAGAUAGAGACGAUGAGAAAAGACGUGAUAGAGACGAUGAGAAAAAAAGAGAUGGUGACAGACGACGAAAGGACGAUGAUGAUGAAAGGCGUCAUCACAGAGAUAAAAACGAUGACAAGCGACGAGAUGGUGACAGACGACGAGAUGAUAGACGAAAAGAUGAUGAUGACAGAAGGAAGGAGAGACGAGACAAAGACAGAACGAGGGACGAUGAGGAGGAACGUGAAAGACAGAGGCGAGAAAGGAGAGAGAAAAAAGAAGGAAAGGACAAAGACAAGGACAGAGGCGAGAAAGGAGAACGUGACCGAGAGAGGGAACGAAGAAAAAAGGAAGAAGAGGAGGAAGAAAGACGACGAAGAAAACAAGAAGAAAAGGAAAGAGAAGAGAGGAAAGCAAAAGAGAGGUCUUCAUAUGGGAAAAGUAGAGAUGAUAGAAAGUCCGCUAAACAAGGUGCACGACACAAAGAUACAGGAACAAAACACUCCAUAAAGGAAAAGGAAGAAGACCCUUAUGCAGAUGAAGAAUUUGAGGAUUAUGAAGAAGAUUUUGAGGAUGAAGAGGAAGAACCUAAGCCUUCCUUUACAGUAAAAACCUCCAAACAGAGGUCACCUAGAAACUUCCAGUUCAACAUGUAG